AUGCUCGGUCCGUUGGCAGCGCGAUCAGAGAGGUCUAGCGGUCCGUUGGCGGUAGCUUUGGCGAACUGUUUCCAAUUGGCGGGAGAAAGCGAGACGGUGGUUCGGAGUGUAUGUGAUAGGGCGUUGUAUUAUGAAGCGGCAAUUGUGAGAGAAGAUUUGUUGCCGCGAAAUCCGUUUGAAGAUUUCCGGUUAGUAUUCGGAGUACCAGAAGAAGAGGUGAAGCCGAAUAGAUUGUCUAACAGCUUCUGGGUGGCAGCUAAUGGGUGUAUGUAUCAAUUGGUGAAUGUGUCAGAGACGAAAAGGAAAAAAAAGGCCCCGGAUAUGAGUGACCCUGCAGUGGGUGAGUUAAUACAAGAGAUUGUGUGCGCGAACCUGGAUAAGAUCGGCCGGAGGCCGUCGGAUGUGCCUGUAAAGCUGGUUAUGGGGCUUGUGGAGGAGAUUUUGGGGCGGUUCCUGGACGACGAAGGUGUAAAGAUCUGGCUAAGGCAAUAUGAAAACAAACUUGAGAAGGACCAGGCAAAACUCCGGAAGCCUGGCGACCGGACACCCAGUUGUUGGACGGGCAAGAACCAGACUGAGACUGACUUGGACGGCGUCUCAUCCAUGUCAGACAUGCCAAAGAUCAAGCACUUUGUUGAGAUGAUGAUGGACAACUUACGGCAACUCAACGAGAACCAGGCCAAACGGAUCAACGGUGAGUUGAAGCAAAUCGUACAUGCCGCCGAGCAGCUGACGCCGCCUACAGAACCGGUGUCACCUGAAAAGGAAGUGCUACUGCGCAGAACGUUUAGCCGAGUGAGAGAACGACGAAGUCGGGUCCUUACUCGGGACAACUCCCGUAGGUCGCUGUCCAAGAAUUUCUUGGAGCUGAGCGGUCUAUUACCCGUUGCAGAACAGUGGGAUUUGCACCAAGCAGAGCUGCACACACGUGUGCGCGAAAUAAAAGCGAGCCGAGAUGGGUUCGACGCAGACGCGAAAGAACUCGCAGGCCGCAUCGAGGAUCUGGAACAGCGGUUAGCCAGCCUCGGCGCCCACGGAGAAACCCAUCAAAUGCUUCUCGAAGACGGGACCUUGAAUCGCCGGCGGCUAAAGACAGAGCUCGACCGCCGUCUCCUGAACGCCAGAAAAGCCGCUUUAGAGCGGGAAGAAAGAGCGUUCGAAAAGCAGCGCGAACUGCACCGGCGGCGCCGCGACGAGUUGCUGCUCAAACUCGAGCUCUGGACCGAGGAUAUGGCCGACCAGCUCGGCACUGAUCCCACCGAGCUUUUCCGCAUACAAGAGGUCGUCCCUAUAUCCCCCGAUAAGGCCAUUUGUCCCGCGUCGGGGUCCACGACCAAGACGAAUCGUAAGUGGACCUGGGCCUCUUGGCUGACUGCCAGGCUACUUCAAGCCGAUGCUGGGAGAGGGUGA